AUGGUAGUUAUAACACGAGAUGGUGUUACUUUGGAUUUGGAAGAAGGUAUUGUAUUUGCUGAUGCACUUAGAAGAAAAUUAAAUGAAUUAAGUAGUGGCAUGGUAUUUUCACCUAACAUAAUUCCCCAAGAACAAUACUUGAACAGCCUCCUUGACCAUUACAAUGCAGUCUUCCCAUUAUGUAGUGUUAUUGUUACAAAUAAAGAACAUACAAUCAAUGGUCCAAACAAACACUUCCACUAUGAACAACCAAUAAAUAUAUUUGGAGGUACAUGCGGGACAGAUGUAUACGUUAUAGGAAGAGGUUACAACACUGUGUUUACUUUGCUGGCUGAUGGUGGCUACCGCCACUGGAUUUUUAAUGGCUGCGUCUUUUAUCAAAGUAAUAAUCUUCGACUCAAUUCGAAAAAAAAUCUUUGGACAAUGUCCACUCCACAUCUAAAAACUUAUUAUCGCCGAGGUGCUACUAUUUUAACAUCUGAGCAAAUCGAAGAGAUUAGGAAAUCCAAAAAUAGGAAUGGAAAUCACAGCUUAGCAGAUACAGUAGAUCGCUUUCCUGAUUCACCUCAUUUACCAAACAUUGGCAUGGAUGAAAACGUUAUGCAACUAAACUCUAUUGUUACCUCAGAUAAGCAGACAAAAAAGACUAGCAGAAAAAAGAAGGACAAUUCUAGUGCGGAAUUAUCUAAAGGUGGAGAUCUAUCGGAAUCGAAAAUCAUACAUCAUUCUAUCUUAAAUAAUCAGUCUACCUCAUCAGUGCCAGAAAAUGAAGUGCAAGCCAGAAUGUCACAUUUGCGAAAAUAUGCUAAAGAGCUUCAAUCUGAAUCCUGA